AAUAAUUUUAUAUGAUAACACUUUUUGAACGGAAUUCUGAUUCUAUGCGAAAAAUUUUAUUUAUUUAUUUUUCGAGCAUUGAAAAUCUGACUAAUUUUGGAUAUUUGUGGCGAUUAAAGUUUCAAUUCGCAUUUUUUACAAUUCGAUUUGUUUCAUAAUAAAUUUUGCAAUCAUUUGAAUAAACAUUAGAAUAUUAGAAGCAUAAUUUUAAAUUUUCGUCUACGUUUUUCGCUAAGCGCUCAGCAAAAUCGUAUCUGCUAUACAGCAUAUUGUCUCGAAGGGAUAAAAGGGCGGGUCAGGUACGGUAAUUAAGAGGCAUUAAGGUAAAGCAAUUACUACGCGCUGGGCUUGGGGAAAGUUAAUUAAGGUUCGCUAGACAAAAGUGCAAUUAAACUUAAGAAUUUAAAUAAGGGUUUAUUUUUCCUUUCAUUAUUAAUGUUCCACUGCUUUCACUUUUCACUCGUUUGUCUGCUGCCAUCCUCAUUUUCUCAGUUUCUGUUUGCUCUUUUGUAUGCAUCUAUUGUUCCUUUGAUUCGAGCUUAGACAAUUUCGAAAUAGAAAUUAACCCUGGCGCGCAACAUUACCACCCCCGUGGGAUCAUUACGCAGGCGCGCAUGGCUAUGCUAUCGUUUUUUUCUUUCUCGGCGACUGGUGCUGCUCUGUGUAGUCUUCCGGCUGAGUGUGAUUCCUGUGGCUGUACGGUGUGCGUGCGUGCGUGCGGGGAGGCAGAGGCCAGAGAGCAAGAAGAGCGAGAGCAACGAAUCAAAAAAACCGGAAGCGCGUUAUUUUUCGGUUUUUCAUCAACGCUCUCUCGCUCUCUUUGUUAACGUCUUAUAAUAAAGCGGCUUACAAACUACGUCGUUGCGUGCCCAAGCCGUCCCCUCCAUCUAUCUCUCCGCCAAGCCGAAAAUGUGCGUUUACGUAAUGAUCCGGUGCUCGUAAGUGCAGAAAAUUUGUGAUAAUUCGCAACAAUAAACAACGAACAUUGAAAGAGAUAGACAUUGACGUGAGACAGAGUUACCGUUGUCGUCACAUGUCCGAGUGCAGAUCCGUGUGGUUCUUAACUGCAUACAUAACCUCCGAUAUAAUAACCUAAAUCAUCCAAGCUCACUCAGCGGCGUACGGGGGGCGGUCAAGUACGCGGAGUCAAGAGAGAGAGGGGGCGAGAAAGAAAGAGAGAAAGCACGAGUGCUGAAAGAGCAAGAAUUGAGGGAGAGGGGAGAAAGAGGAGAGCUGCCCAUUACAAGGCAGUGUUGCUGUCUACAGCAGUGCUGUGUGAAACGUGCCUCGGCAGUCUGAAAAUUCUCGUCGACGAGUGCUGACUGAGGAACAAGAAAUACGUUUCCUACCCUCUUAUUGUCAGUGUGUUUAGUGGUGAAUAUCUGUGUUAAUUUAGCGCCCCCCUGGACGCGCAUUGUCAUCCAGGUGGAUUAUGGACGCUCAGUAUAAGAAUUGUCGUGGUUUCCUCUAAAAAGAUAGAAAAAAAAUUCAGUCCUAUUCGCAUCCCUAGCGAAAACGUAAGUACACUGAUCUACACAAGAACCUUCAAUUCAAGUGAGAGCACAUGCAAGCACGAGGCGCCGCUGGCAGACAUAACCUCAAUCUUAAUCAUCAUUGUGUCCGGUGUGCAACAUAGGUGCCGACGAAUGUGUUGAGCUGAUAGCUGAUCAAACGAGCUAUCUACAACCAGUAGAUACGGGCGAUAACAAAAGAAGAAGAAAUUCGCUUAAAGUACCAGCUAACAACACCGCGUGCAGAAACAACAGUAGUAAUAAAGCGUUUGCAACCAGGCCUCCUCGUCUCAAUAGUCUCCAAGAGAGGGAAUUCAAAAUGGCGACUAAGGUGGCGAGCGGCGUGCAGCAGCAAAAGCCUCAGGAGAGGGAGGACAAUCCAACCGGCAUCUCCUACGCCAGCGUGUUAAAUCCCAAGGCUGCCGCUGCCGCUGCCGCUGCCGCUGCCACUGCCACUGCCACUGCCACUACCUCCACUUCCGCGCCGACCGCGUCUUCGUCUACGGCCACGCAGCCUAAUUUGAGUUCUCACAAGGACAAUAACAAAGAAAAUAUUAGUGGACAAGUCUCUGCUUCACAGCAUCAUUCUGAGGCUAAAAACAAAUCAUAUAGGAAAGUCAGUCGUAGGUUUGAAAAUCAAAGACACAUUGCUCCAGAGCGUAGACUAUAUGGAAACUUUGUGCCGCAUAAUAAUACUACAGCAGCUCCUAUGGAAGCUUUACAUGUUGCAAAGCCAACAAAUUUACCUCGUUCCAAUGGAAACGUUAAAGUAGAAAAUGAGGAAGUUGUGAAGAAUGGUGAUCUCGGUAGUGAUGGGGAGUUUACACCCGUUGCAACAAAGGCUGCCAAGCGUAAGGAGAAAUUAAAAGAGCGUGAGUCUGCAGAUUGUCAUCCAUACAGACACAAAGACAAGCACAGGUUGCAUAGUCGUCUGGGAGAUAUUCAUGACAGACCACAUAAAGAAAGAGAUCAUGCAUAUAUUUCAAAAGAUGUCUGUAAGGAGAAAAAAGAUGAUAAAGAAAAGGAGAAGGAAAAAGAUGUGGAAGCGGUAGACGAAAUUGAACCACAGCCACCAGUCAAAUAUGUAGAAGCUCCUCUUCCAAUCGUCAAUCCAUGGACUAAAAGCAAGGGCAAGACUCCUCAAGCUGCAGCUCCUUCAGCACCUGCUGCUUGCAUGGCACCUACUAUUCCUUCAGCUCCUGACGUUACAGCAGUACCAGAGCCUGAAUUACCUGGUCCUAUAUCAUUGGAUAAAAUAAUGGAAAAAGAGAGGGAGAAAAAGGUAUUGCAGCCGCAGCAGGAGAAAAUAAAAAUAGAAAGUGGCGUUAGCAGCAGUCAACAGCCGACAGUGGUCAAAGCGCCAAAGGAUCGACGAAAGUUCAACCAAAAGGCAAGCGACUUUACGGAUAUUGGAGACUGGCCGACUUUGGGCGCUCAAGGAGAGAAAAAGCCAAGCGUGAACGGUCCUAAACAGAAUGGCGUCAUGGAGCAUCAAAACAAUUCGAAAGAAGGCAACGUCGGUGCCACCGAAACCAAAGGGAAGGAGAAUAAAGAAACAAAUCAAAGUCCGGAGGACAGUGAUGAGCACACGGAUAGUGCUGACAAAAAGAAGAAAGCAAAUAAACAAAAAUGGCUCCCAUUAGAUAUAGAUCUAACAAAAAAUCGCAGUAAGAGAGAACGCUCUCCGAAACAUCACUCAUAUCGAGAUAAGAAUCUUGAUAGCAGAAGAAAUGAAGAUGAAAACUGGAGAGAUCGAGAUUUCGACAGAUCCAGUAACUAUAGCAAUAAUUAUCGCGGUACACGUGGCCGAGGUAACUUCCGCGGCAGAGCGAGAGGCCGUGGAAAUGCUGUGUCUCGUGGCGGAUACAGACAGAGGAAUGACUACGUAGGGUAUCCAGCUAAUUACUCCCCAGUUAUACUAACUCAGGUUAACAAAUUUGAGACUGCCGAACCCCCCUGCAUGAUACCUUACCUAGGGACAUUUUAUUAUAAUAACGGGAAUUUUAUAAAUAUGGAUACUGAGACGGUCAAAGAAACUAUUCGCAAGCAAAUUGAGUAUUAUUUUAGCGAAGAAAAUCUUCUAAGAGACUUUUAUUUAAGAAGGAAAAUGGACGCUCAUGGUUUCCUACCAAUAACUCUGAUUGCUUCUUUUCACCGCAUACAGGCCUUAACUACAGAUGUUUCUCUAGUCAUUGAGGCUAUAACUCAGUCAGACAAGCUAGAAUUGGUCAAUGGCUUCAAGGUACGCACCUUGUUUCACCCACAACAAUGGCCAAUUCUUGAUGCUGCGGGCAUGUGUUCCGACUCAUCGGACACAUCCUCGAACUCGCAGAACGACAAUAUAAUGCCUCUUUCACAGCCCGAAUUUUUCCCUGUUGCGAAACCAUUGCCGGCAAUCCCAGCGCCACCAAUACCUCGUCUUCUUAAUACUACCCCAUUGAUCAACGAUAUUCCCCGCGUUAGUGAAUCCGAUAGUGUCUCGUCGUCGAUUGGCGAGACACUUAACCCGGAUGUACCAGAAUUCGUGCCUGUUCUCAAUAAUUCUAGACUCGAAAAGACGAGUAUGAUAGUUGAAGAAGAACAAAUAGUCGAUGAGGAGCAGAAGAAAGAAAAGGAAGAGAAAGUUGUUGAUGAACAGAUCUUUUCAAAAGAAUCAAACAAUACUCUUGUUAAUGGCGAAGCUACAACAACAGAAACCUCAUGGAAAGAGGUUAAACGGAAAGUUAAACACCACACUAAAGAAAAAACUGUUAGCCAAAAAGCUAACAGUAAAGAACACGAGAAAGAAGAGUUAGAUUUCCAGUUUGACGAAGAGUUAGAUACUCCUGUUCUCACUGGACGUCAUAAUGCUUUCUCGGAAUGGUCUGAAGACGAAGACGACUAUGAAUUAUCUGACAGAGAUGUUAAUAAACUGUUGAUCGUGACACAAAGCACUUCGUCCAGAAUUCCGAAACACGAGGGCCACGAUCGCACGGGCGAUUGGACAACUCGAGUCAAAAUGUCGCAGGAUCUUGAGCAAGCUAUAAAUGAUGGUUUAUACUAUUAUGAAGAAGACCUGUGGAAGGAUGGUCGGGAAAAGUAUGGUUCAUCGUCUUCAGUUGGAAGUUACAAAACUAUCAACGUCGUCAGCCAAGAAGCCUUUGAAAAGAUGGCACCAAAGGCACCACGUAAAGCGAAUCCUGAAGUACCACCGCCACCUCCGACUUCUAUGGAGGAUGCGGAAAUUCCAGACUCUAAACAAAUGAAACAGUCAACUCAACCAGCUCAAGUGCCAGAACCGGUACCAGAGAAACGCGAUAGCAUUUCUGAAAAGAGGCGUAAACCAAAUCGAGGACAUCUCAGGGCUGUGCCCAGAUUCUUUGCCGUUGUCAAAGACGAAGCUGCGGUUGAUCCACGAACACCUCGUAAGCGCAAAACGAGACAUAGCAAUAAUCCACCAGUCGAGCACCAUGUUGGUUGGAUUAUGGAUGUCAGAGAACACAGACCCAGGACUUAUUCAACCGGAAGUAGCACGGGUACAAGUCCAAAUGAAAGUUUCUUGGCUAACAGUUAUGGUAGUGCCCCUCAGUCGCUUCCAAUCUUCCAACAUCCUAGUCAUUCAUUGUUAAAAGAAAAUGGUUUCACGCAGCAAGUCUACCAUAAAUAUCAUUCGCGAUGUCUCAAAGAGCGUAAAAGACUAGGUAUUGGACAAUCACAAGAAAUGAAUACACUCUUCCGAUUCUGGUCAUUCUUUUUGAGAGAGAACUUUAAUCGUACUAUGUACGAGGAAUUCAGAACGAUAGCUUACGAGGAUGCAUGUGAAGGAUAUCGGUAUGGACUCGAAUGUCUUUUCCGAUUUUAUAGUUACGGUUUGGAAAAGAAAUUUCGACCACAGCUCUACAAAGAUUUUCAAGUUGAAACGAUGAGAGAUUAUGAAAGUGGACAACUCUAUGGUCUGGAAAAGUUCUGGGCGUUCCUAAAGUAUUAUAAGCACGCAAAAGAUCUUGAUGUUGAUCCGAUGUUAAAAGGUUAUCUCGAGAAAUUCAAGACUAUUGAAGAUUUUAGAGUAGUUGAGCCUCAAAUAAACGAAGUCUCAAGAUCACAAGAUGCCAACAAACGUCGCAACAGAAGCGUAUCCGAAAGUGCCAGUGGUGCCGAAGUCUCACCAUGUAGCCGACAGCGACGUCUAUCCGGUGGCUCUAGCACAGUAACAUUGCCCAUCACAAAUAAUGCUAAUGCUUCGAGCUUGCAUACUCAGCACCAGCAGCAGACGCAACAGAAGCAAAAUGUAAAUCUCACACAAUAUCGUAACAGAGCAAAUUCCUUCGGCUCAGGUAGACUUGGUCACACUAAACGACCAACUACAUCUGCAAUUCAACAACAGCAACAACAGCAACAACAACCGAGAAGUCGACAUAACUCGGGCUCGUUCAUGAAACCCCAAGAAAUCGUAAAAACCGCGCAAAAGUGAAAGUAAGAUAACGAUGGACGGAACAGUGGAUCAACAUUGAAACCACUUAUCGACACACAAUAUAGUGAGUGAUAAGAAAUUUGUGUCUAUUGGGUGCGUUUACUUUGAUUUUUUGGGACAACAAAAAAUUUUCACCGAUAAUCCCGUGAAAUAAUAGUCGAAAUCAUUCAAUGCUGUGAAAAUGACAGAGACUCGCGGUGCGCUUUUAGCAAGGGGCUACUAUUCGUGGUUUUUCAUUCAAAAGUGAAUGAAUGAGUUACUUUUUAAAAUUAUUUUUACGCUUUAAUUUCUUUCGAAAGACAAAUCAAGAAAAUUUGAUAAGUAUAUCCAUGAGUACACCUGCGAUGAUAAUUUCUUUUAUCAUUUGAAACGUUCCAAUUUUACGGUAAACUUAGUCAUUGAUGCGUACUAAGAAAAAAAUUUAGCCUUCCCGUUGGAUAUAAGUACAUUGGUUUUGUCUUUGAAUUCUGUAAUGUUGUACCGUCAUAUACUAUCAGAAGAGGAAUUAUCGUUGAAAUAAGAUUUACUGAUAUUUAAAAAUAAAAAAAAUUGCAAGCAUAUUGAAAUAUCACAAGUCUAAAUUUGCAGCUAGUGCACACAGUUGAUAAAUAUCACAAAUCUUUAUUUAUGUUCUACGUAAGAAUUAUUAAUGACUAUAUUUUGUAACCGACUUAGAAUUAGAAAUGUAUAACAUCAUUAAUUCUAUUAAUUCUUAUUCUGAUAAUAUAUCUAUGCUAUGCUUAACAAAACAAAAUAACAAAUCUGCAGAGUAAUGUAUUAUAAAACAAAUCACUUUCAGCUGUUAUCAAUAUAUAAAACUUACAUUCAUAACUCCUCUUUAUGAAAAGUUUAAGAUUUGAUGAUUAGUUUUUGAAGUUUCGUACAUUUUCUCAAAAUUUUAUUUUAUAAAAGACUACAUAUUUCAACAAUGAGUUGACCAUUCUCUUAGAAAAUCUGACACGGCGACUCAAACAACAACUUUAAUAAUAUUUAUGAUUUCAUUAGUUUUAAAUAUCACUGCAAAUAUUUACUCAUUCAUCAUAAACAUCCAGUGAUAUUACUUAUUGGCUCUAUUUAUAACGAAAACAAAGUCUAGUUGAUUGCACACAGCAAAUGAUUUAACAGAUGCACUCGUCAUCAUGAUAUAUUUUUGAAGGCUUAUAUAGUUACGUUUCUUGUUUUCCUUUUUACUAAUAUUAAUAAUUAUUAGUAGUACAAACGCAUCACUACGAUGUAAAUAAUAUGAUAAAAAGCCAACUGAUAGCAUAAAUUAAAAAAAAUGAGUUUUGCGUGUUCUGUCGGCUUAAAAAAAAUUUGUUUUGAUAAUAAAAGGGCGUAACGCGUAAUACGUUUUCAAAUUAAAUCGCCAAUUCUUCACAUCUUUUUGCACUGCUAUAUAUUUAUAUCUCAAAAAUCCAUUCAGUCCUUCAAUUUUCUAAAAUGAGAGAGGAAAUCGUAAAGUCUGAAAGUUUCAGUUCACUUACUUUGCUCUUAUUUAAAAACCUAUUAUUUCUUCACGAGAUAUAUCAUUUACGAAAACUAUAAUUAGAGAUCGACCAGCAAUUCAAAAUCUAUCCAGAUACAUAUAAAAAAGUAAUUUUAUCACUCGAUCUUCAACUUGUAAGUUAAAUUUGCAAAAAGAUAUACGGAUGGAUUUUGAAUAUAUAGUUUUAAUUCUUACGAUUUUUUUCAAAAUGUAUAGCUUUGUAUAUAGAUAAAUUAUAAUUUCUAAUGAAACAUUUUGGAUAUAUAUAUAUAUUAUUAUAUUGUAUAUAUGAAAAUACAAUUUUUUCAUGAGAAUUGUAGUUAUUUGAAUUCUCUAAGAAAACAAUUUAUCUACAAAUGUAUAGCUUGUUCAACAUAACAAGAAUUUUAUAAAUAAUUUUAGUCAUUUGGAAAUAGAUAAUCUUUGUAAAAAGUUCGUACCGUUUUUAGCAAUUAAAAAUAGACAACUUGUAAUGAUUUGAAAGAAACUUUUUCAGGUUACUGAAAGUUUGUUAAUCAAAAGAGAAAUGCGCGUUACGCCCGAUUGAAGCGAGAAUGAAAGAGCGCACAGGAAAAUAAAUGUUUACGUAAAAGAUAAUCCGAAAAAAUCAACUAUCGACUUACGCACGCUCACGAGAUUGAAUAAAUGAGGAUGAAUGAGAUAUUUCUUGAGAAAGAUAUCAGUUAUCUGUACAUAAAAUAAGUUCUUAUAAAAAUAUAACGAUUGUUGAUACCGAAAGUCGUGUCGUAGUGAACGACGAAGGUUUAUUAUUAUUAUUUUUUAUUAUUAUCAUUUUUUAUUAUUAUUAUUAUUACUACUACUACACUACCACUAGUGCUACUGCUACUGCUACUAUUACUACCACUACUACUACUACUACUACCACUACUACUACUACUACUACUACUACUACUACUACUACUACUACUACUACACUACUACUACUACUACUACUACUACUACUACUACUACUACUACUACUACUACUACUACAACUACUACUACUACUGUUACUACUACUACUACUACUACUACUACUACUACUACUACUACUACUACUACUACUACUACUACUACAACUACAACUACAACUACUACUACUACUACUACUACUACAACUACAACUACAACUACUACUACUACUGUUACUACUACUACUACUACUACUCCUCUAAUAUUUUCCUUGUUUUAAAAGAGCGACGACCUAUUUUUGAUUAAGAUUUAUCACGACGAUUUACGCGAAAUGUAAGAAGUAACAGAAUGUACCAUCAGUAACAGAUGCGCGGAAUUUAAAUUUAUAUCUAAAGAAUCAAACUAUUUUUGCAGUAGAUCUACGUAGUAUUUCUAAAAAUGUAUUGAUAUUUUAAUCAUAAUGAUAAUUGGUUUUAUUUAUCCUAAUAAAUAUUAUGAAACUGGAAAAAAAUUGGUUGAAAAAUAAAAUUACGAUAUUGUAAGAAAAGUUAUUGAUUCGUGUGUCAAUUGAGUCUGAUCGUAUUAUAUCGAUUAAGAAUUUUAGUUUUGUAUUUUUAAGUGAUUAUUAUUCCAUGAGUUGAUCCAACUAUUAGAUGUAAAAUGCAUAUGAAGUAUUAAAAAUGAAAACUUUGAAAGUAGCAUAUGUAUAGACUAACAUUUUUUGUAUGAAUAUGAAUUCGUUAUAAAAUGGUUUGAUUCUUUGUUAAAAAAUUUAAGUAAGUGCAUAAUGGUUUAUAAAUCGGUUAGUAAGUAGUCAACAUUACGUCGUCUAGGACAAAGAUGAGAAUUCAUUGCACUAGAGUUCGUUCGAUGCGGCGUAUUUGAAUAUAAAAGACUCGUUUAUAAAUUGAUUUCUCUGUUUACUUUUUUACUUGCACUUUUGGCGUGAAAUCUACUUGUUUUAUUAGAUGUAUAUGAUGUAAAAUUGAUUACUAGAAAACAUUUGAAUAUAUUUUUUUUUUUCUAUUCGAAACUGUAUGGACUGUGCAUAUUAACAACGAAGGUACUCCAAGUGUUCCUCGCCGAUUUCAGUUUUUUUUGUAUAUGUUGUAAAACAUUGAAACAUAAGACACACGGUUUUUUUUUCCUGGGGAAAAGCUUUUUAGGAGGUGAGAUAACCUAUCGAAAUUUUGGUCACCAAGGGGUGGUUUAAGGAUUUUUAAUAGAAUAACUUAAUAUUUUUUAACGAAACUCAGUGGAAAAUAUAUAUUACAGAAAUGAAUGAAAAAUGUUUUUUGGCAAGAUUUGAUUUAUUUUUAAAUAUAAAUAAACUAUUUAUUUACAAAAAUUUUAUAAAAAAUAACGGUAAAAAGUUAAUUUUGAAAAAAUAUAUGUUACAUAAAUACAUAUUUCAGUUGACAUAUUUCUGUAUUUUUUCUAAAUAGAAUUUUUCAAGGGGGUAACCACCCCUCGUAUAUUUUAUCACGUAUUAGUAGAAAAUUGGGAUCUUUUUUUGAAAUAAUAGCAUAUUUCAACAAUUUUUGUUUAUUUCGGCAUAGCGAAAAUGUUCUGCACAAUUUAUCAAUCUUACACGUGUGUUGGAGGGAGUAUUGAUCCCGAAAGAAAGAAUAAGCAAAAAAUUCGUAUGGUUAGAUGCUAUUUUAAACUAUGUAUAACCAUUUCAGAAAUGUGAUUAGCAUAAGCAUUUGAUUUACGAAAGUUAACAGUGGUUAGAAAUAGUUCGGAAAAUAAGAUAAUCUUCACCAGGGUAAAGAAAAUUGCUUCAAUGAUAGCUAUAUGAAGAAUAUGAUUAACAAUAAAAUGGUAAUAUAGAUAGCUAUAAUGUAACUCAUAAGAAUAACAAAUCAAGCUAUCAAAUAAAUUUAUUGAGGUGAUACGAGAUAAUUGAUAAAAGAUACAUUAAACAAAUUUCUUAUACGUCUAGGCAGAAAUUUAUAAUAAUUUCUUGUGAAAUAAAUGUUUAUCCAUUACAAUUCAAAUUUGGAACAAUAGUGAUAAUCUCCAAAAAAGACAAUGAUAUAUAUAUGUCUGUUCAGGUAACAUAUUUUUUCAGAUUUUUUUUUCAAAAUUAACGUCUUAAACUCAUUUUUUUAAUAAAAUUUCCUAUGAAAUAAUUUGUUGUUUAUGCUUGUAAAUAGAUCAAAUUUUGUGAACUCAUUGACAUAUCCUAGCAUUAUUUGUAAUAUGGAUUUUACAGCCAGUUUGGUGGAAAAAUAUAAAGUUUUUCCGUUUAAAAUAACUAUCCCUUGAGACUCGUAACUUUGAGGGGUUAUUUCAUCCCCUAAAAAAUUUUUUUCCGUAGAUAAAAAAACACACGUGUCUUAUUUUUCAAUGUUUUACAACAUAUCAAAAAAAGACUAAAAUCGGCGAGGACACCUCAGAUACCUUCCUUGUAAGUUGUAUGACUUGAAACAUAUUCUGCUUAUAAAAGAUGGGCUUGCUAGCACAAUGCUAAAUGCACUUUUACAAAGAGCAUGAGGUCUGAGUGCCGAUAAAACAAAAAUAGUGAAAAGCGCAAGUAACUUGUUAGUAAAAAUUAGAAUAAAGAGAGAAGAAACGUAUGCAGCAAAAUGGAAGAUCUCAGCUUUGUUAUAUAUACAUGCAUACAUACACACACACACGUACGAUAAAGCUUACUUAUAUUGUUACUUAUAAAUAUAAAAUAUUAUAUAUUAAUAUACAUAUGUACUACCGGUAUAUGAUAUAUCUUAUUUUAAGGCUUAUGCUAAUUAUAGUCGGGUGGGGUUAAUAGUUGAUGACGACUACAAAAUGUAUAAAAAAAUGUUGCAUAUAUUAUAUAUAUAUAUAAUAUAUAUAAAAUGUAGAUUUCAGUUGCAUUCGUAUGUUUAAAAAAAUGAUUUUAAAAAAAGUUAAAUGAUGCUGUUAACGUAAGUGAAAUUAUUAAAUUGAAACAUAACACGACGCGAGUUCAAUCACACACUAUACUUAAACAAGAGCUACAAUCGAAAAAAAAUAAAUACUGGCGAUCCUUAUUUUGUUGUUUUUUUCAUGACACGAGAGUAAAAAACAGCAUCGAUUAGUUAUCAAUAACCAAUACAAGGCGCAUCGGACAAUUAAAAGAUAAUUUUAUUUCGAUUGAUUUACUCGGUGUUUAAAGGAAGCUCCGCUAAAUAGAAAACUGUGCAUUCUUUCGCGAUAGUGCCUUCGAUAUGAAAGGGAAUACAAGCAAACAAAACAAAGAAGUAAUUUUGUGAAACCGGUCGAUCAUGUAAACUACAUUUUUUACGAUUUUUACACGUGCCCCCUUCUAUUUGUAUGAAUGAAAAAACAAAGCCAACGAUAAACAGAGGUGAAAGAUUAGUUGGUUAUAAAUGGCGUAGUAGAUGUCAGCUUGUUUUUUCUUUCCUCGCUAAAAAUAGUGUGUUAUCAGUUCCACGAACUUGGCGAAAUAUCAUUGUCAUUGAAAUAAAAAAAAACAAAGAAAAUAGCGUCGUGAAUCGCGUUCUUUCCAACUUGUUAUGCAUUUGGUUUUCCAUCUCGACAGUGAGCUUCGGUCGAUAUUUUCGUAAUGAAAUAAAUAUGGCACCUCGAAAUAUAGGUAAACACGAUUUAGAUCUUGCUAUAGCGACGCUAUUAUAUUUGUGUAACGAGAAGUAGGUGUUUGAAAGGGUCAUUUGGUACCUGAAAGUCUUUUUCAUAUCUAUAUCUAUAUCGUGGCCAAACGAAAUUCUCUUCUAAUAUUUAAUAAUCAAAUGAAAUAAAAUAGAAAAACAACUUGAGUAAAGAAAAUCUCUGACGAUCAUUCGGCCAAAGCUUUUCUUUUAAAUACGGAAGGUUGAAUGAAGCCUUCUUGUUUUCGCAUUAUAGUGACGACGAAAUAUGCAAGGCGUACGUUUGUAGCAAACAUUUAAAGAAAAGGAGGAAAGAAACUGAUGUGAACGGUUAUGCGUCGAUAUAGGGAUGCAUACUGCAAUUUGUCAGCCAUGUAAAUAUUAUCGGUAGUUUAUAAAGAAAAAAAUAGACAAUAGGACGUAAGGAGUAAUAGUUCCAGGCGAUAAUGAAAAAAUCCAAAAAAGAUAAUGUCGAUUAUAAGCCGUGACGGCGCACCUAGCGUGUAGAGUGCUGUUGUGAUAAUGUGAUGAAUUUAUGAUACCGAUGAACUAAUGAUUUGACUGGACUUUAAUGCUCUGAUGAUGAUGAUUUGUACCAUUGCGUAUGAUUACGAAUCUUGUGUAUGUAUAUUUGGGAAAUGUAACGUUUGUGAAUAUAAAAUAAAAAACCAUAAA